AUGCCGUCGUUUGGUCCCAGAUCCAGCUCCGAAGAGCCAGCUUCACUAGAAUCUGACGUGGCACCACAGCAUGCCAGUGUCAGCUCGAGUCAAAUACAGUCAGAUCCGGCCAAAUCCGACUCAGAAGCUUUUGGAAUUCCGCUGGAACCAGCUUCUGCUGCUCAAGAUGCAAUCGGUGCAUCAGGCGAGAAGGACGGAUCAGACACGCCAGCUGAGCACUUAACGCUGCCACCUGUGCUGCAGCAGCAGCAGCAGCAGCAGCAGCAGUGGCAGCAGCAACAACAACAAUCACCAGGAGCAAAGCUUGACCCAAUCCUUAGCUCCCAGUCGCAGCAGGAGAAACAUUCUAAGCGAAAGGAACGAGAACAACGCAACAUUCCCAGCCUCCACCUGCGUUCCUAG